UUGAACAUUCACCGCUGCGUCAAUCUCCACAACGCGAUCCUGCUCCAUGGCUGGACGCACUCUGGCAACAGCCCAGAAACGUUCGAGUCGCACUGCAAGACUUGGUACGAUAGCGAUCUAUCAGGCGCUGAGAAGAUCCGCAGCGACCUGACGCCAGAUAUGUUCGGCUUU